AUGGAGCAUCUGCUGAACGAUAUCCUGCAGAAUCCCCAGGGGCCUUCCGUGGGCUGUGUCGAGGAGCGUCUGAACCAAUCCGGCGGACAGCACGAGUUUGUGAGCCUUUUGAGAAAUGGAAAUGGAAUUGCAUUCACCUACAUGAAGACAAGGUGCAAGGAGUGGAUUGAGAACUCCGAGCGCAUCAAGAUGAUCCACGGGGCCCGAGACAUCCUGUUUUCGCUGAUAUUUACAUCUUCGGAGCAGAACUUUGGGAUUCUCUGCUUCUUCUUCGAGACGCUGUAUCUCCACGGAGCUGCAUGGGACACUCUGGUCCAGGAUCUAUGUGCAAGUCCGAGCGAGAGGAGUGUGAGGGUCCUGAAUCACAUGUUCAACAAGUACAGGGUCUGUCCGAGAAGCGAUGCCCUGUAUGGGGAGAUAAUCAGAAAUAUAGGGCUGUGCCAGGAUAUAUUCAGGAAGGCAUACUUUGAGUCUCUGUCUGAGGACGAAAACAUCCUUGGAAUGUUCCACUCCCUGGUCUUCCAGGAUAUCCACCCCUUCUUUGAAAACAAUGCAGACAAGUUCCUCGAGUCCUUUUGCAAGCUGCUGCGUAAGCAGGUGCUUCAGAAGGAUGUAUGCGAGAUCUUUAACCUCUUUGUGACAAAGUAUCCCGAGUGUGUGGACAUGACAAGGAUUCUUGGGGUGGUUCUAACAACGAUAACGAGAUUCGACUAUCUGAAAUACACGGUUCUGCUCAACAUUGUGAAGAGAAAGAGCUAUCCUGUUCUCUCGAAGUUUUCGGCAGCACUUUCGAAUGCAGUAAAGCUGGGGGCAUACAUAUCGGAGGGCGAGGUAGAGGAGAUGAACGAGGAUGUACUUCUGUACUCAAGGAACCUUCUGAAGGGCUAUGAUGUGAACAGGGGGAUAAUCAUUGAAAUGAUUGGGCAUCUAAGGAAAGUCUUUGGAGACGGCUGGGAGAGCACAGUUAUCGACUCUGAGGCUGCAACACCUAUGGAUGAGGAGAGGCUGAUAUUUCUAUGCAUGGCCUUUCGGAUAGAAGUGAGAGAGGCUGUUGAAAGGUGUAUCAGCACGGUCAAAAGCAGUGGGUCCAUAGGGUAUCUAGGAGUGGUUUCUCUUCGGUAUCUGCUAUCUAUCGACAACUAUGCCUCCAUUGAUCCCGGAUAUAUCGAUAGAAGGAACCCCGGGUCAUUCCUUGCAAUGGCGUACCUGACUAGAUGUAUUGAUGGAUGUGAGUCUCUAAGGUCUCUUGAGUCUUACUCGGCAAAGUAUGCAGAAGGGAAUCCAAUGGUGUGCGAGAAGAUUGGGGGGCCUGAAAGCUGCGUCAGAAUCAUGAAUGGGCUGAUGGCAUUUCUUGGAGAUGGGAUUGAAGACGAGUUUUCUUCGCAGCUUAUCCAGAGGAUGAUCAGGAUUGAUCCCUCGCUUGUGGGCCCAGAGACUGUGAGAUUUCUUGACGAAUUUGUAUGGAAGAAUGUCAGAAACAUCAACUCGCCCCAGGCCUACGCAUAUCUACUUGAUGUGCAAGGUCUUGUCUUUCUGAAGACCGGGGACAACACAUGGAUCCUGAAUCUGGUGCAGACUGUACUCAGCGAAGAGAUCUUUGAGAUAUAUUCUUCAUCGCUGUUUCUCCUUGCGAUUGUUAUCCUGCACUCGUCCGGAGACUUCUCAUCUGUUGUAGAAAUAAUAAGGCAGGAAAACCUUUGGAAGACUAGGGAGCUCCUGCUGAGUAUGGUAUGUCUCACUAUAUCUCUCUUCAAGACCGGAUACUGCAGCAAGGAGCAGGUGGAUUAUAUUGUUGGAUAUCUGGACGGCGUUAGUCCCCAUCAUGCCUAUGUGCUUCUUAAUAGCACCGUUGUUUCCGGGGACUACCUGGAGUGGAUUAGGGGAAAGAAUGUGGAGGAAGAGUUUGUGCUUGCCACCACUCUAAGGAAAAAAGGAUUGAUGGAGGCUGAAGUGUACAAAGGAAUACACUCGAGAAGUCUUCAGUAUUUUAAGGAGAACUUUGUAUCGAAGAGGAAUGCCAGGCGAAUCCUCCGAGUAUUAAGGUAUGGGAUGGAGAUGCUUGGAGGAGGCGAGGCCCAUGAGGUGAUUGAAAGAAACAAGCAUAAUAUUGGAUACGAAAACAUUCCGUUCAGUGUAGCCGUAACCUUUGAGCUCUAG